AUCGUCGCACCUGCUGGCCCAAAUUUUUCGACUUCCGGUCCACAUGUUGUUGAAUGCUAGGCGGUGACUUAUCCACAGUUGUUUUACUUGAAAACGUGUCUUUUUAGAAGUUAUAUUGAAUUUUGAUAAGCAUGAAGCUUCUUACUCACAACAUGUUGACGUCACACGUGAAGGGAGUCACGAAAGGAUACCCAUUGCUAAUCAAGGCCACUGAGGUGAAAGUGAGCGAGGUGGAGUUCAAUCCUCAGUUUGUCAGCCGCAUGAUCCCAAAGCUGGAGUGGAGCGCUCUGGUCCAAGCUGCAGAAGAGUUGGGUCAUCGACAAGACCUACCCGGCGACCUGGUCCCAGACUUUGAGAACAACGAGGAGUUCCUGAAGAAGGUGCACAGAGUUCUCCUAGAGGUGGAGGUGAUAGAAGGCUGUCUGCAGUGUCCCGAGUCAGGACGAGAGUUCCCCAUCUCCAAAGGAAUCCCCAACAUGCUUCUGAAUGAAGACGAGGCGUAGACGACUUACACUGACAGACUGACUUUUGCCAAGAGAAGAUAAUUACUUUCAGUUUUACCACCCAAAUGUCCCCUGAAAGUUGUUUAAUCUGUAUUUAUUUUUGUAUCCUCUUCAGCCGCCCCCCCCCCCCC